AUGGAGAAUGGAGUGCCGGAAGCAUCAUCGGCGAAGAGGCGACGGAGUGCUCCGUCGCGAGCCGGGCUGCUGGCCCCGAAGAAACGAAAAUCCUCUUCUGCCAUCAAGUUGCAGAAACGUGCCUCCGAGGACCAUUUUCAUCUUGAAAACUCGGGAGAGCAGGCCACCAUCAUGGAUGAGCUGGAGUAUGAGCUGGAGGGCGCCCGCGAAACGAGUUCGAUAUCGGUUCGUCGCGGGAGCACCUACAACCUGGCCAAGCUUUGCGCCCAUCCGGACGAGGCCAAGCAGCUCCGGUCUCGCGGUCUGUGCAACCGAGUUCUUCAACUGCUCGACAGCCAGCCUGAAGAUGAGGUGGUAGCGAUGAACGUGAGCUUGAUGGCUUACUUUCUGCUGCGGGACGCUCGCAACGCCGAGCUCAUAACAGGAGACCAUCUCAAGACGCUCCUUUCCAUUGCCGUCGCUCAGCCACAGCACGCAUCCCCCAAGAAGCAGUCAACCAAGCGGCCCGUGAAGAGGCUCAGCUUGAGCAACACAAGCGAAGUGGAGAUGAAGCGAUCGCGAGAGUUGAUUGAGGUUGAGGCCACGAUCAACGAGUGGCCGGAGGCCGAAGUCCACCCUUUCCGGGUGGCGAUCCAGACGCUGCGACGGCUUGUCGAAGUGGACCGAGGUGCCCUUAAGCGCGCUUUAGAAGAGGACGACGAGCCGGACCUAAUUCUGGCCAAGCUGCUCGCUCUCACUGAGAAGCAUAUUGCGCGGGUCUCCACAUCCGACGCGUCGGACGCCUACUACACGUGCCUCAAGCUCUUGGAGGCCACCACCGAUGACCCGGCCUACCAACGCGCCCUCGUGCCAAUCAUCCCGUCCCUUCUCCUGGCGGUUCCUCUCUGCAUGACGGACGAACCUCUGGCCGGCCAAUGCCUGGUCGCCAUCCUCCGAGUACUCAUCAACUUAACCAACGAGAACGAUGAUGCAUGCGGUCACAUGGCAAGCAAUGGAGGCAUGGCCAGUGUGGCCUGCCUUGUGGAACAGGCGUGGAGUGCGGAGGCCACCGCUUUUGGCCAACAGAAGUGGAACCUGCUCACCCUCGGUUUGAGCCUUUUGGUGAACCUCAUCGAACACAACGCCGACCGGCGGGGCUUUGUGGAGUUCGUGACCUCGGUGGCGAGCCACUGGUGGAGCACCGACCGAGAAGCCGACCAGGUCGUCAUUGCAGGGUAUGCGGUCCUGCUCAUGGGCUACCUGGCCAAGGACAGUGAAGACAACCGGAAGAAGAUCAGGACCAACCUCGCCUCCCUCACGCCGGCGCGGUCGUUGGCCGAACUCUCCUCUGCCCUCCGACACUUUCUGGCCCUCCACGAACACCACCGGCUCCUGUCGCCCGCCGCCAUCUCCUCGGCCUCCCAAGCGGCUCGCGCUCUCCUGUGCUAA